AUGGACCUGAGACUCCUGCUUAUAGCGUCGGCUGCUCUUCUGGGGGCCAUGAUCACCAUCUCCCUGGCGGACCAAAGCUCAACAUGCAAAAUCAAAUGGUAAUGUUAUUUUGUCUCUGAGUAUUUCUGUAGUCUGUGUUCUUGAAGAGAUUAUAGGGCUAAUCCAUGUAUAAGUUUUGUUUUAAGGGGCCUUUUGAUACAUUUUCAGUUUUUCUGUGCUGAUAUAAUACUUAAAUUACAUUUCCAGAGCGCAUACUUUACCAUGUGACCAGCUUGUAGACAGAUCACUCUUUCUGUGUGGUUUUGGGUUGCAUGAAAUCCCUGUCUGUCACAGUGUCAAAAGGGUCAAACACAUGUUAGACAAGGUUCUUGUAAAGUGAAAACUCUGCGGACUCAUUUCUCAUGCAUGUUACCCUGGAUAUGUGGAGACUACAUGGCUCAUAUGACUCACAUUAGCCAUACCUGAGGACAAAUACAACGUCUUGGUUAUAAGGAAAAAAAAAAUACAUAGAGUUUGUAAAGUUCAUCAUUUAUUAAUAACAUGUUUUUUUGGGGGGGCAGGUUGUUUGGCAUCUCUUGUCCAGUUGUUCAGGGGAAACUGGUGAACCAGAUCAAAACCUGGCAGAUCAAACAGAGCUGUCUGUACCAAGGAGAGAAGUGCGCGUAUGAGGUCAGACACAUUUCACUCAACUGCUUUCUAGAAAACUCUCUAAAAUAAUGAACGAGGAUAAACAUGAAGAGACUCUGUUUGUUAUAAUACUUCCUUUGUUUCCAAGCACAAGUCUGGAUAACAGACUGCUGCAAUGACUAGAAGGCUAGCUGAUACACAGUAGAGAUAAUAUCACUAUUUGCCAUAUCAAAACACAGACCAUGGGUGUGUAUGAUGUUUCUACCCACUGAGCAAUAGACUUAAUUUCAACCGACUAGCUUCUGUAUAUUUUUAGACACAAUUUUGAUGUUGCACUUUAACCCAUUAUUCGAUAACUAUUUAUUUCAAAAAGCAACUGUGAGUUGCAUAACUGAUCUCCAAGUACUUAACCAAAACAAUUAUGAUAGCCGUUGAGCGAUAUACAGUGUAGUGUAGAUAUAUAAAUACUGAGAAGUAUAGAUAAACUUGGUCUAAAUUUAGACAUCUGAAAAACUUUCAUUUUUAGACCUGUGAUAGCUGCACAGUGGGUAUCUGACUGACCUAAGUAUGAAUUGUGCUGCAGCUCGUGUUGUCGGCGCCGUAUAUGAUCAGAGCCACAUACACGUCCCCAACCUCCAAAAAAGUGAGCGAGCUGCAGUUUCUCUUUGAGCAGACCACCAUCUGCAAAGUGACUGUAAGUUCUUUUUUUUGCUGCUUAAAUGCAAGAUAUUACAAUCAAUAAUGUCUCCCUGGAUUUUUAAUUUAGUCUGAAUAUGAUCAAAACAAGUAGACAUGAUGUAUGGUGUCGAUCUAUGCUGUUUUUCUGAUCUCAGAAAAGAGAAAACUCAGAGUUGAAAAGGUUUAUCAGGUUCAGUUGUUGACGUUCUUAAACACAGCUUCCCUUUUUGCAGAUCAAAAAGCUUCAUUUGUCUGUGUGCGUGUGUGUAUGUGUUGAUGUUUUGACGAACAGGGCGAUGCAGUGUCUCAAUACUCUGAAGAUCCAUCUGAUAACAACACAAACUACUGCAGCCUGCAGAACCUGAUUGACGGUGAGUGUAUGUUAUCUCAGACAACUAGGCGGGUGCAUAUAUGAAAAAAAAACAACAACACCUAACCCUAAAAAAAUACUAACAAAAGGUUGCUCAACUGUUUUUUAUAGUAUUAGGUGUCCUUAAUAAUGUACUAAAGUUUACUCAAGUUUGACCUCUAGAAAGGUGUCAUUUUCAACAUGGCGUCCAUAAUAGGCGGAAGCCCGGGAAGACACCCUAGGUCAGGGGUCGGCAACCCGCGGCUCUGGAGCCGCAUGCGGCUCUUUCAUCCCUAGGCUGCGGCUCCCAAUGGAUUUGGAAAAUAAAUAAUAAAUACUUAAUUGGAUUUUAUUUUAUUUUAUUAUUAUUAUUUUUUUGUAAUUCUAUAUUCAAAGAUUAUAAUGCUCUUGUAACAUUAAAUAAACUAUUAAGGCUGCAACAACGAAUCGAUUAAGUAGAUUCGUCGUGACGAAAAAAUCCGUUGCCAACAAAUUCUGUAAUCGAUUCGUCGGGUCUUUAUGUAUGUCCAUGGACACCGGUGUGUAAACAUCAGCUGGACGCACAGAAAAGAAACAGCCAUGGCCGAGGCAGCGGCUGAGAAAAACAUGGACACAACCCAACCCAAAUCCCGACCUAAAACAUCAGUGGUGUGGGAAAACUUCACCAAGACUGAAAAGGAAGGCGUUCAGUGCAACAUUUGCAAAGACCGUUUUGCAUGGCUCGGGAGUACAUCGAUGAUGCGUGAGCACAGGGCUCUCAAGUCUCACGCAUUCAGCGUAUGACACACGCAUUCCCACUCGUUCACACGCUCACACACCACACAUUGUAUUUCUCACGCAUUUAAAUGAACACAGUGAUGUCCACCAAGUUGCACUUCUUCAACUAUUGAACUGGGGGAAAUCAACUGAGUUCCUUCGAGAGUUCAGAAGCUGCGUGCCACGCACAAGCCAAUCAAAUAAAGUAUAUCUACUGAACAGCCAAUCAAAAAGCAGCAUUGCUGUAUCCGGGUAGAUUUUGAUAUCUUGCGGUUUAACUACAGAAGCAGACAGACACUCGCCGAAAUAGUUCAUUUAUUUCAUAAAUGCAACUCGCUACAGUUUUUUAUAUACUUUGUACAAAGGUUAAAAAAAAAAGAUAUAUGCAAUGUUAUCUUCAUUUUAGAUGUCAAAGAGGUUUUGCGGCUCCCUGUGUUUUCUUUUCUGUGGGAAACUGGUCCAAGUGGCUCUUUGAGUGUUUAAGGUUGCCGACCCCUGCCCUAGGUCAAUGGGGUAAAAUUUUUAACUAACAGAUAUCACCAUGAAACUUCCCAAGUAUAUAAGUUACUUAAUGACAAAUAUUUUUUUGUAUUACAAGUUUUGUCAAAUCUUAUGUUUGAAUAUAUAAAUGAAGCAAUAUCUAAUUAAAUAUGCACCAAUUUGCAUACGAUUUGACAAAACUUUUGAUACAAAAAUAUUUGUCUUAAUGUAUGUUAUAAACUUGGGAAGUUUCAUGGUGAUAUCUGUUAGUUAAAAAUUCUACCCUCUUCACCUGGGGUGUCUCCCUGGGCUUCCUGACCAUCAUGGAAGCCAUCCUAAAAAUGACACCUUUCAAGUGGUCAAAAUUUGGUUAACUUUUAGUACAUUAUUAAGGACAUCUAAUAUCAUAAAAACAGCUGUGAAAUUUUUUGCUAGAAAUUUUUUGGAUCAAGUCAUAUUUGCACCUGACUAAACAGCCUCCAAACCAGAAGACAUGGUUUCAUUGUUCUUCUAGUCCUGAUGGGUGUCUCUGUUUUCCUCUGUCCAGGUAGUAGCCUCAACACUGCUGAGGGUUACAAACAGUUCAGCAACAAGUGGAUCUGUGCGGGGUUUGAUACUGCCAACUGCACCAUGUCAUAG